CGCUCCUUCAGGAGUCCGUUAAGACAAACCUUGACCGUCCCGGUUCAGAAGGACCAUGACCUGACCGCAGACCAUCAGGGGGGUCUACCCAGUUCUCCAGACCAGGCCGAGCGUUUCGAAGGGGAGCUGGAGGUGUGCGUAUGGGCAGCAGCUGGAGGUGGCAGCUGUCCCGGUCCACGCGACUGGUGUUGCGCUGGUGCCGGCAGCAGAAAGGAGGUGGAGGUGAGGGCGGCAGGCUGUGGGAGCUGUGGAGCUACAGCAAACUGCUGCUGCGCUCUCUGUGUUACAACAGCCUGGCUGACUCGGACACUCUGCUGGACUGUGUGUUUGAGCCGGUCAUCUGGACUGUGGACAGCAUCACCCGCUGGUUUGGAGUGGUGUUUGUCUGCCUUGUCGUCCUGCUGACGUCCUCUGUUGUGAUCAUUGUGUACCUGUUUGUCAUACCUACAAUUAUCAGCACCUACCCUGUGCUGCUGGCUGUUUAUCACCUCAGCUGUGGCCACUGGAUCCUCCUGAUGAUAAGCUUCCAUUACUACAAGGCCAUCACCACCUCUCCUGGACAUCCUCCUAAGGACAAACUUAAUACUCCCUCUGUUUCCAUCUGUAAGAAAUGUGUCACACCAAAACCACCAAGGACCCACCACUGUAGCAUCUGCAACAUAUGUGUCCUGAAGAUGGACCACCACUGCCCCUGGCUGAACAACUGUGUGGGCCACUUCAACCACCGCUACUUCUUCUCUUUUUGCCUCUACAUGACAUUAGGCUGCAUCUACUGCAGCUUCAGCAGCUGGGACAUGUUUCUGGAUGCUUACAGCGCUGUAGAGAGUUACAAUCAGACCCCUCCUCCAGACCAAAGCUUCAAAGAAAGCACCGCUCACAAGUGUAUUAUCUUCCUCUGGGUAUUGACCAGCACAGUUGCAGUAGCUCUGGGUGGACUCACCUUGUGGCAUGCCAGACUCAUCAACAGAGGCGAGACCAGCGUGGAGCGCCACAUCAACCGCAAAGAGACCAAAAGACUGAGGGAGAGGGGAAAGAUGUUCAGAAACCCCCACCAUCACGGCAAAAUGAAAAACUGGAAGUUAUUUUUUGGCGUGGAGACGAGAAGUCACUGGUUGACUAGGGUCCUCUUACCCUCCUGCCACCCUCCUGAUGGAGAUGGCAUCGAGUGGGACUGCACCUUCAGUCGCAGAUACUUCCUGGCUGUUUGACUCUCUCUCUCUCUCUCUCUCUCUUUUAUAUAUAAGUGUGUGUUUUAUAUGUGUGUGUGUUUAAACAAAUCAAGGUUUUAGUUGUUUGCACUGAUGGACCAUGGGAACCAGAAGGGAUCUGCCCAGUUAAUCUAAGAUUAGACUGUGCUGAUGCUGCUGGCCAGCAUCUUCAUCACACCUGACGAUGAAGAGCUGUUGUGUAUCUCUUUUGCGAACACACAGAAGUGUUGUUUAUCUCUUUUGCGAACACACAGAAGUGUUGUUUAUCUCUUUUGUGAACACACAGAAGUGUGUGAACCAGAUAUGAUCUGACGUUGAGCCCUGAAGGCUUUAAAUGUAGUUACCAACAUAUCAAAGAUGUGAAGUUGUAAUUUAAUCAGUCCAUUUAAAAUGGUCCUUUCUACACAUAAUCAUGCAUUGUGAUCUACACACACCAACAUGUCCACCUAUACAUAUGGGGACAUUACACUGAUUUCCAUUAAAUUUCUACAGACUGACCCUGACAUCCUACCCUAAAACUAACCUAAACUCCUUGAUACCAAACCCAACCCCACCAUUCCACCAAUGGCUUUAAACCAAACAAGGACUCAGCUUAGGUCCCCAUACGUAGGUGUUUUGUCUAAAAAUGGUCCUCAUAUGUCAUGAAAUACCUGUACACACACACACACACAGAGAGCUCAUGCCUACUUCCAGUUAGUUGAAAUCCAUGUGGUCAGUGUAAACUGUUCAUAUUUAGCUGUUUCAGCUCUGCACGUUGAGGAUAUUUCACUAUCACAAGUUAAAACACCAACAAAACUCAUUGAAACAUGUUUGUAUAUAAAGAACAAUAAAAAAAACAGGUGUAAAGGACCAAAA